AUGGAGGCUGAUAAAAAAAUAUUGAAGAUUGCUUGUGCCCAAGCAAGAUUGAAGCGAAAAAUGAUUUUGAAAGAAAACAGGAUGAAUAAGAAAUGUGUUAAAGAGUGUGGUAUAUUUUCUAAAAGCCAACAUGGUAGAACAUUGUGUACUCCACUGUCUGAUGUUACAACUCAAUUUUUGUCUGGAGGAAGACUUAACACUUCUGGAAGAGUACAAUGUCAUAAAAAUAGAGAUGCAGUUCCAGAUAGUAAUGCUUCUCAUCGACAAAACCUAUUGCCUAGGUUUGAGAUUGUUUUUUCAGAGCAGGAAAAAGAUAAUCAGUGCUCAUUGAAUAAGAGUAGUAGUCAACAUUCUUCCUUAACUGCAUCUCAUUUUCAUAUGGGUGAAGAAAUAAGUCAACCAUGUACUAAUGCAGACAAUCCAGACAAUGGCCAAGAUAUAGGUGACCCAAUUUAUACGUGCCCCUAUUGCAAAGCAUGCAUGUGGUAUGAAGAAAGGAUAGACAAGCAUAAACAUUCUGCAAUUCCAAAGUUUAAUUUGUGCUGUGGAAAUGGAAAAGUGCAGUUACCUCUAUUGAAGGAUGCUCCUACUGUUUUGAAGCAAUUAUUGUUUGAUUCCAAUAGCAGAGAAGGAAAAAAUUUCCAACAACAUAUUCGUACAUAUAAUAUGAUGUUUGCUUUUACAUCACCAGGUGCCAAAGUUGAUAACAGCUAUAACAAUGGUCAUGGUCCACCCAAUCUGAGGAUCCAAGGCCAAGCUUGCCAUAGAAUAGGUAGUUUGCUCCCGCCUGCAGGACAAAUUCCUAAGUUUGCCCAACUAUAUAUUUAUGAUACUGAAAAUGAAACACACAACAGAAUCCAAUCCUUAAGCAAUGACAACAAAAUUGACGUGGAUAUUGUAGACAAAUUAACAAAAAUGUUAGAUGAAUUCAAUGUUCAUGCCAAAUCAUUCCGAGUUGCUAGAGACCGUUACAGAGAACAACCUUUCCAUGAUCUUAAAUUAAGGCUAAUUGCUGAUAGGAAUAAGGAUGGAAGGUUAUAUAAUAUUCCUACCGUUUCAGAAGUAGCAGCACUAAUUGUUGGUGACGUUGACAGUGCUUCCCCAAGAGAUAUCAUAAUGGAAAAUAGAAGUGGAAAACUGCAGAGAAUUAACGAACUUCACACGAGUUACCUAGGCUUCCAAUAUCCUUUACUAUUUCCAUAUGGGGAAGAUGGUUAUAGGCAUGAUGUUAAUCAUCGAGUCACAAGUACUUCAAAAAACAUGAAGAGAAAUCGCUUGACAAUAAGGGAAUGGUUCUGCUUCCGGAUUCAGAGUAGAGAAUUAGAAGCACAGACACUACUAAGAUCUAGGCGAUUGUUCCAACAAUUUGUUGUUGAUGGAUACACUAUGCUAGAGUCUGAAAGGUUAUCAUUCAUAAGAAAUAACCAGUCCAAGCUUAGAGUGGACAAGUACGAUAACCUCUUCCAAUCAAAAUCAAGUACUCAAGAAGAAGGAUCUACAAAAGGCAAAAGAGUUGUACUACCUUCCACUUUUGUUGGUGGUACGCGAUUUAUGGAACAACUUUAUUUUGAUGGAAUGGCCAUUUGUAGUCAUGUUGGUUUUCCAGAUUUGUUUGUUACUUUUACAUGCAAUCCGAAGUGGCCUGAAAUACACAGAAUUUUAUCACAUCAAAAUUUAUCUGCAUCUGAUAGACCAGACUUGGUUGCAAGGGUUUUCCGAAUCAAAUUUGAUCAUCUUCUAGCAGAUCUUACGAAGAAUCAUUUGUUGGGCAGGGUCAUUGGAUACAUGUAUACUAUUGAAUUCCAAAAGCGUGGUCUACCUCAUGCUCAUCUGCUUCUCUUUUUGCACCAAAAUGACAAAUAUCCAAGCGCUGAUGAUAUUGAUAAAGUAAUAUCAGCUGAAAUUCCGUGCCCAAUUGCAAAUCCUAAACUAUAUGAAUGUGUGAAGGAUCAUAUGAUUCAUGGUCCCUGUGGAGUAAGUAGUACAACUAUUUCAGAAGAUGGAUUUCCACAAUAUCGAAGAAGAGACAAUGGAGUCUGCGUGGUCAAGAAUCAUGUUUCUUUAGACAAUCGAUCUGUGGUUCCAUAUAAUCCUAAAUUGUUACUUAAAUAUGAAGGUCACAUCAAUGUUGAAUGGUGCAACAAAAGUACUUCAAUUAAGUACUUAUUCAAAUACAUCAACAAGGGUUAUGACAGAAUUACAGCGGCUAUAGUUAAUAAUACCAAUGCAACUCAUCUUCAUCACCAGUCAGGAGAUGAAAUUAAACAAUAUCUUGAUUGUAGAUACAUAUCACCAUCUGAGGCAUGUUGGAGAAUAUUUUCAUUUCCUAUUCAUGGCAGGAAUCCAGCUGUUGAACGUUUAUUUUUUCAUCUUCCCGGAGAACAAUCAGUGUACUUUAAAGACGACGAGUUUAUUGAUGAAGUCAUAGGAAAAGCAACUGUAGCAGAAUCAAUGUUUACAAGUUGGAUGGAAUGUAAUAAAAAGUAUGAAUUGGCAAGAACUUUGACAUACCCAGAGAUUGUGUCAAAAUUUGUCUAUGUCAAGAAAGACAGAUGUUGGAAACCCAGGAAAAUAGGAAACACAAUUGGAAGACUUAUUUGGGUUCCACCAUCAACAGGUGAAUUAUACUAUCUAAGGAGGAUGCUCACUGUUGUCAAAAGUCCUUUAUGUUAUGAAGAUAUCAGAACGGUGGAUAAUAUAUUAUAUUCAACCUUUAGAGAAGCAUGUGAAACCUUGGGAUUUUUGGCAGAUGAUAAGGAAUAUGUAGAAGCAAUCAAAGAAGCCAAAGAUUGGGGCAGUGGAAAUUAUCUAAGGAAACUUUUCGUGACAAUGCUAUUGUCCAAUAGUGUCAACAAACCACUAGAUCUAUGGGAAAAAACUUGGAAAUGGCUAUCUGAUGACAUAUUAUAUAGGGAAAGAAUAAAAGCUGGCAAUCCAGAACUGCAAUUAUCACUUGAUAUAUUGCGAAACUUGACGUUAUUCCAUAUUGAAGAGAUACUACAAAGUAAUAGAAGAAGCCUAAAACAAUUCCCAACAAUGCCAUAUCCAGAUGGUUUUAUUAUAGCUCAAUGUGGGAACAGAUUGGUGUACUCAGAACUUGACUACAAUCCUGUCACCCAAGCAAAUCUAUUUCAGCAAAAUUAUGAUCGGAUGACAGGGGAACAAAAAGACAUAUUUCAAAAAGUUACUGAAGCUGUUAUUAAAAAUGUGGGAGGAAUGUUCUUUUUGUAUGGCUAUGGGGGUACCGGAAAGACUUUCAUGUGGACAACUAUUUCUUCAGCAUUGAGAUCUAAGAGAAAAAUUGUAUUAACUGUUGCAUCAAGUGGUAUAGCAUCUUUAUUGUUGCCAGGAGGAAGGACAACACAUUCAAAGUUCAGAAUUCCAAUUCCAACCAUGGAAAACUCAAUUUGUAACAUAGAGCAAGGUUCUGAAGCUGCUGAGCUACUAAAAUUAGCUGAUCUCAUUAUUUGGGAUGAAGCACUAAUGGCACACAAAUUUUGUUUCGAAACUCUAGACAUGACCUUAAAUGACAUAAUGAAAGACAAAAUGAAACCAAAUUUAGUAUUUGGAGGAAAGGUAGUAGUUUUUGGAGGUGAUUUCAGACAGAUAUUACCUGUCAUUCCUAAAGGAACUAGAUCAGACAUUGUACAUGCAACAAUCAAUGCUUCUUACCUAUGGCAGCAUUGUCAAGUUUUGACAUUGACAAAGAACAUGAGACUUCUACAACCAGGUUUACCAAGCACUUCAACAUGCGAAAUUCAGCAAUUCUCCGAUUGGAUUGUAAAACUAGGUGAUGGUAUCUUGUGCGAACCCAAUGAUGGUGUUGUGGAUAUCGAAAUACCUCCAGAAUUUUUGAUCUCUGAUUUUAAUGAUCCAAUUGAAGCUAUUGUGUUAAGCACAUAUCCUGAUCUAUUGGAGAAUUAUAGAAAUGAUAAUUUCCUGCAGAGCAGAGCUAUACUGGCCAGUAGAAUUGAAACAGUAGAAGAAAUCAACAAAUACAUAUUAUCUUUAAUUCUAGGACAAGAACAAGAAUACCUAAGUGUAGAUACAAUUGAUAAGACAGAUAAUCCAAUAAACGAUGAAUAUGAUGUUCUUACUCCAGAAUUCCUGAAUUCAUUAACUACAUCAGGUUUACCAAGUCAUCAAAUAACCCUCAAAAUCGGAGCUCCUAUAAUGUUGCUAAGAAACUUGGAUCAAUCAGAGGGGUUGUGCAAUGGAAGCAGAUUAAUUAUUACAAGGUUGCAAAAACAUGUAAUAGCAGCAAAGAUUCUUAGUGGAAACAGAAAGGGUAACGAAGUUUACAUUCCACGUAUGUCUAUGUCUCCAUCUCAAUCUCCUUGGCCAUUUAAACUAAUCAGAAGGCAAUUUCCAAUAAUGUUAUCUUAUGCAAUGACAAUUAACAAAUCACAGGGACAAUCUUUGUGUUCGGUUGGAUUAUAUUUGCCAAAACCAGUAUUUAGCCAUGGUCAAUUAUAUGUCGCAGUUUCUAGGGUUCAGAGUAAAUCGGGAUUAAAAAUUUUAAUCCAUGAUUUUGACAAAAAACCAUUGUCUUCAACGACAAAUGUUGUAUUUAAGGAAGUCUUUCAAAAUGUAUAG